AUGCGGUCCAAUCAUUUUUUGAUCCUUGCUCUCCUGUUUUCGUCGUUUUCGUUGUUUGUGCUCAAAGUUGACGGUGAUCCGCCACAUAUUUUGCUGAUAGUCUUAGACAAGAGAAUAGAUCAUUCUCUCUUGUCUUAGACGAUUUAGGAUGGAGUGAUGUUGGGUUUCAUGCUUCAACAAUCAACACUCCAAACAUGGAUAAACUUGCUUCUGAAGGCGUAAUACUGGAUAAUUACUAGCGGAGCUCCACCCGCGCGCGAAGCGCGCGAGCGUGGGCGGAGCCCCAUAGGUAAGGAAAUGUGGUAAUCUACCCUUUCGAGAAAAUUUGGUAAAUCACGUGACCGUACGACCGUCCGUCCGCACCACAGGGAAACCAAUGUCUACUCUCACACUUUCUAGCUAGUUUGGGAGCCCAAGGAAAAACUAAUUGCACAUCAAUGUUGUGAUCAAUUGACAGCUGUCAAAAGAGGGCACCCGGCCGCUGACCAGUAUCACCUGACCGUACCGCGGGUUCAAGUGUUCACCCAUCGAGGUCGAGUAUUUUUUGAAGUUAUCCGCUGACAAAUUACCAGUUUCAAAUGAUCGUAGGCUCAAGUUCAUUUUUUCCAAUGAUUCAUAUGAAAUAACCUACAAUGACCUACAAUGAUCUACGAUGAGCUACUACGAGCUACAAUGAGCUACUACGAGCUAAAAUGAGUUAAAAUAAGCCCUACAAUGAGCUACAAAAUGACAGACAAUGAUGUUUGUCGUGUGUCACACUUGGACGUGACACUAGGCUCAUGGUAUUAAAUUGCCAAGCACAUUUUAAAAAGGCACAACAAAAAUUGUGCGUGAUCUCAGGUAACUUGAGAAACUUGAAAAUAGAUUAUUGCAAUCGCGUUUUUACCGGUAUAGCACUAUUAUACCCUGUAUUGACGGAAGUCAUGCAGGCACUUCCUCAUUUGGCCUAGAUGGGUAUGGGCCGCUGAGCAGGAUAUGGAUUUUACUAUUUAGCGUUACAAACAGAGCAUCCCGUUGGAACGGAAGCCAUUUAAAGGGUCUUAUGAUGUCUUAUACAGGCCAGGGUACUUCAAAAAAAUGAACAAUUUUUCUUUUGAACAGGGUCAGAAUUUGUAGGCCUCCUUUGUUCACCUCUACCCUUGCGUCCCUUGAAGAUCCCCCCGGAUCGACUGUUGGGGUGACUGUGUUUGUUCAAUUUGUUUGAAAAAAAGACAAGACAAAAUAAAACUAAUGCGAAAGGUUGCAAGGGAUGGUUUGGACAAAAGUCACAGUAUCAUCAUACAUGUAUUAUUACACUGUAAAUUUAUCUCCAAGCGUAAUAAUUAGAGAUGCUGUGAUCGUUAAAUGGGCUGUCAUGCAGUAGACUAAGCGCGUUACGUUUACGCACACGUCCCCUGAUCUUUUUUUUUUUUGUCUUUUUCUAAAAUCUUCAUCUUAGCUCAUUACAGGGAUUACACGUUCGGUCAUAGUAGCUCAUUGUAGGACAUUGUAGAUCAUUGUAGGUCAUUGUAGGUCAUUGUAGGUCAUUCCUUGUUUGAGUAACUACGGUUUGUUUUCAUCGUUCAUGAACAUCGCUUGCAGGAGUACUUUAAAAAAAUGUCGCGCGUAUCAAACGCUUUAUAAGAUUACACAUCGUUAUAACUGAAACCAUUAAAUAACAAAAAAUUGUAAUAAUAAAUUCGUUAUUAUGUUGAAACGUAACUCUUUUAAAGUUCAUUCAAACACUCGAUUACACUGACAGCUCGCACUAGAAACGAGAACCGGCCCGCCUAAUGAGUGAUUUUGGAAAUUUUUUUUAACGGUUUCGCUAAAAGCCCACGAUUGAUCGUCCCGAACAUUGACUGAGUGCAAUUUGUGUUGAAAAAUUGUGAAAUACCGUGUUCUGUCCGAGGUCUGUAUGAUAAAUUGUACGUACUGUUUCACCUCAGAUCGUGUAUAAAAAGUAUAAAAGGUUGGUUUACACACCCCCAGAUUUGUUGGCAAGAAUUUGUAAAGCUAAAGUAAACCUGUCGAACGCAGAAAAAUUCAGCCUGAUUUGUUUUCCUAGAAUUUGUUUUCGAGGCCUUAUCUACAGCUGUGAUCAAGAGCCAUUAUGGCUCUUGAAUGUGAUCGAAGAUGUUUGCUCUUUUUUGGGUGUACAUAUAAGGCUAUCAACUCGAUGUAAGAUGUUUCACUCUAAAAUAACUUAGCCUUUCCCUCAAAAGUCACAUGAAUGUGCCCUCAAGUUAACUGAUUUGUGGAUCACAAGUUUAUUGUUUGAUUUAAAUUAUAAAUUUAUUAAUGGGAGCUUCGCUUUUAGCCCUGGCUAAAUCUAUAUAUUAUGUACAACCAAUUUGCUCUCCAACCAGUGCUCUCCUUUCCGGAAUGUACCCUAUACAUACGGGUAAAAAUGCGUCGCGCAAAUUUAGCAUUACUGCCAUUGAUUACUUGCACGGCUUUCUUAGCAUAGCUUGUUGUUUGUUGAAGUAUCAUCGCUGGGCACUGGCAAUUUUUUCCAACAGUUCCAAUGACAUCGUUGAACUUAUUCCUCUGGUUUACGGAUAAUUUCUUUUCCGGGUAGGGGUAUUUGAAAAGUGAUUACGCUAAAAGCCAUGCAAGAGAGAAACCUCUACUCGCAGGGUAAAAAAAGCUUCAGUUCGGUUCAGAGAAGAACUUGGUCAAUACCCAGCCUUAUUAUUCCACUAUUAUGUCAUUUUACCAUAUAAGGUCAAGAGAACAAGCAAAAUACGAGGCCGUAAUACACCGUAGUGUCCUGGUUUAACCGGUUUACAACAGGGCGAAUACCGGCGGAUGCAAAAGGAGCAACUGUGGCUGACAGAAUCAGGAUGUCUUGGAUACUCUCAUUAGAAAAUAGAAGCCAAAAUACCAUUUUUCUUUUGCAGUAAAAUAAUUAACCUCUCAUUCAAUGGUUUGGCAUAUAAUACGCGCGAACAUUUUGCUAAUUGUUAAACGUCAUUCUCACAGACAGAAUCAGGAAGUCUCUGGAUACUCUUACCAAAAAAAUAGAAGCCAAUUGCCAGAUAAUUUUUUUUGUAGUGGAAUAAUAAACCUCUUAUUCGAUGGUUUAGCAUAUAAUACGAGCGGUCAUUUUGCUCAUUGCUCGUAUUUUUCCUCGCCCCUACGGGGCUCGGAAAAUACCACGCAACUCGCAAAAUAUCCACACGUAUUAUAUGCUAAACCAUCCAAUAAGGUGUAUUUCUUGACCUAACGCUUAGUCAUUAACCUUAUAACACUGUUUUAAAGCGAAUAUAUUGAUGAUUGUAGGUUUACAGAGUGGAGUUAUACGCUCUACGGAGCCAUAUGGACUUGCACUUGACAUCACCAUCUUACCGCAGAAACUCAAAGAAGCAACAACCUUGUGCUAAGUUUCAUUUGCUCCCAAAUGCCUGGCGUACUCAAUCAAUGAAAAUCGAUAUCCAGCCUGCGUUCAGUCUCUUAUUUCUGUUUUUUAAAGCCGCGAUAGAUGGACAGCACGAGUGAGAAGAAGAGCAAUUCUUUUUCCUCUCUCUACGCCCAAAUCUCCCCUACUUUUAAUCAUUUGUAAUUUGCCGGCAUUAUUUUACUUUCUUGCUUGCCCUCAUGGCUCCAAGGAAAGAGGGACGACCACUCCCGAUCUGAUCGAUAUCAAUCGUUUUGCAAAUCAAUGGUUAUUGAAUUGAACUGAGUGAAGUGCAGUUUGGUCUGUAUCUGAUCGGACGGACGCACAGCGUGGAUGAGGUUUUUGUGAUAUCCGGAAUAUCACAAAAACCGAAUCUAUAAUAAUAGUUUUAUCAUACAUUGCUUUGAAGGAAAUAACGAGAAACACACUGUCGCAAGGAACCUGAAUUGACAUAAUUGUUAUUGAAAUUAGUCAGUUAUCUGCUAGCAGAUAACAAAUUAAUCUGUAGGUUGCGGUGAUUUCCCAAAAAAACUGUAGGCUUUUAGCCAGUGAGAAGACAGAUAAUGAGUACAAUGUAUAAUAAUAAUGCUUGUAUGUAUCCGUAUCUCCGUAUGUUACUCGUUUGUUACAUACGAAUGACAUGCGAAUAUAAGGGAAAAAUGUUUUGCGCUACCUUGCGCUAAAUGGAAUGAUUCACUUAGGUUGCAUUUUGAGACAUUAUUAAAAUUUGUUAUAAAUACAGCUUUGCAUGGUUUUUUAAAGUUACAUUUCUCAACAUUGUUAGACUUGAGGAUUGUUUAAAAAGAUGAAAAAGGCAUUGGAACGUUUCCUAUGUUACUUACCUUGACAAUCGUAUGCAUCCGUUAUCCUGCGUUGCAGCCGGCCCACGCACUCGUCUAAACCAUUUGUACAGUCAGUCUGUAUAGUCUAUAUAGAAGGUUUAGAGCGUCUGCGACGCAGGCUAGCAUCCGUAUGUUGCUUGCAUGUAUCCCUAUAUAACCCGUAAGUUUCUCGUAUGUAUUCACUUAGUAAAAGCGAAGUUAAUCUGUUUCAGUAACAAAUAUCGACGAAAUAUGGCUGUGUAAUGCUUUUCCGACCCGGGGCCAACUUUGCGCAUGAACACACAGGCAAUCACUGAUUUUAACUGGUAACUUAGAAACAAAUGAUACAUUUGUCAAUUUUAACAAUCACCAUUGAAGAGUGGGACCAAAGGAUCCCAUUUCUUGUUUGUAGGAUUUUUUGUAGAUACUUGUUUAUAGGAUUCAAUUUUAUACACUUUUUUUUACAUUUUUAGCUGAGGGAUCUUGUUGAAGGUUCUACACCCGCCCGCCCAUGUACUGCCAUACAUGGGCUAUAGGUAUGUGCCGCUGUGAAGGGUAUGGUUUUCAAGCAGUUUACUCUAGGAUAGGGUAUAUACAUCAGAACAUUUGGGUCUAGAAUAAGGUAUCAUUUUUCAGAAAACUGAUCAGUUGGUUGAAGAUUUUAUCUAGACCAGGGAAACAGCUACUCUAGGAUAGGGGGGUUUUGGGGCGUUUACUCUAGUAUAGGGUAGCAAAAUUUAGCUGAACUAGCUCUGGUAUAGGUUAAGGGUUCCAGGGUCCCAGCGGCACUUCCCCACCCCGAAAUUCCUAAAGUGCCCCCACCCCCCCGGGCAAACUAAGCUAUGAAGUCACUGAUGCUGGGAGCAGGUCAUGUGUUCGAUAUCGCGAGGUCUCGGGUUCAAAUCCCGUUAAAGUCCUGAAUUUUUUUCAGGCUUCUCUUACGCAAUUGCAUAAAUUGCGUUUACAACUGCCAGGAUCAUUCUUCACUUGACAAGAUAUUAUUGUUGAUUAGUCAGGAGAGGAAAACAUUUAGGAACAGGACAGCAAACAGUUCCAAUACAUAAAAGUCUGGAAUUACAAGCCACGACCAUUCUUUUUUGAAUUUAAUAGAUAUAUAUACAAAUUUUAGCGUCACCUGCCCCCAACACAGUAAAGUGGAUGUCAAUUUCGAGCGCUUUUUAUUUGCAGCAAGCACAGAAGGUAAUUCUAUCCCACAAUGCCUCGACACCAUUGUUUUUAUGUCUACCAUUUCAAAGCGUCCAUAGUCCUCUGCAAGUUCCCACCGAGUACACAGAAAAAUACGAAAACAUCAAAGAUGAUGACAGAAAAAUCUAUGCAGGAAUGGUUGAAAAUGUUGAUGAAGCAAUAGGAAAUAUAACAGAGGCCAUGAAGACAGCUGGGUGAGUAGAUAAUAAGCAGAGAUCCGGACCUGUCAAAUAAAACAUCCAUUUAUUUGACAUCAAAGUUACAUUAGGGCACCCAUAAGAAUUUGAAGUACCCAUUCGUAAUAAGCACUUAGGGGUACGGAAGCAGGGAUCAUAAGUAAAUUCCGGGGGAGAAACAAAAGGAAAUACGAUAUUAAUCCCCGGGGAAACCCUUUACUUGUCAUUCCGUUAAGGGGUGAAAAUCGCCAAAAGUUGGUCUCACUUUGUAAGUUUUUCAUUAAAAGCAAAUAUUUUUUACCCACACAGGUACAACUUAGUUUUGUGCGGGACGAAAUCGCCAUAUAAAAGUGAUAAAGAAACUAACUGCAAAAACCGUGGACGAAGAUCCCUCUCGUUGUAAACGUUGGAUCUCUAGAAAAAAGAUCUAAUCAGCUAAAAUAUCCAAAAAACUAGAAGUCCAAAGACCACUACAAAGCUGAUCAUAACAACGUGUUUUGUUUUUUUCAUAACAAUAUUUCGGUUGGCCAUACCAGCCUUCUUCAGGUUUACAGAUGUUACUGAAUUUAUGAUAGGAACUACAAUAAUUAGUAUAUAGAUAGAAAUGUGGCAAUAACCAUUGUUGACAAGGGAGAGGCGGAAAUGAAGUACAACAUAGAAAAGAAAAGAAAAACUAAUAAGGAUAUGGAUUACAAUGAUUCGUCACGGCCGUUUAGGCCAUUAGCUUCAAGAGUCAUGGCCUUAUCUAUCAAAUGUGUCUCCCUCGCCUUACGGACCGAGUCACGUGAAGAAUGAACUUUCCCUAAUGAGAUUAACUGCAUGUCACUGUGAGAAUGGUCAGAGUGAGAGAGAAAGUGUUCAGAAACAUUAUUGGGUUUAGAUUUAAUGUUAGUUUUGUCGACUGGACGUCUGUGUUCGUUAAAUUUGUCCUUGCGGCAAAAGUGACCAAACUGUGUUGAAGACAGUGUCGGUGUCAACAUUUUUAGCAGAAUUAAAAUCACUAUUGCGCUGAUUUGAUUGCCUGUUCUAGUAUGGUCUCUUCUAGAGCUUAAAAUGUUGAACUUAAGCCAAUACUUGAGAAAUAAGUUGUUAAUGACUAAAUCACCGCUUCGUGUCAAACAAAUAUUUAUCCCAAGUAUUACAUGAAACGUCACAAACAACAAAAAUGAACUUUGAAAAUCUGAUAUGCUAUCAAGUUUCCAAAAUCCACAAUUGCGGUCCGUUAAUCUCUUCAAGAAUAUCCAUUUUCAGCUCCUUUUGUAAUAAUUCGCCGUGUUAGUUGUACCUUCUCAUGCGUCACUUAGAUUAUUCGUUUUGCUUUACUUUCUGUUUAGUUUAUGGGACAACACUUUGUUGAUUGUGACUACUGAUAAUGGCGGGGCAUCUGAUGAAGGUGGUUACAACUGGCCUCUUCGUGGUGAAAAAGGAAGCCUCUGGGAGGGAGGGGUCAGAGGAGUGGGUUUUGUUCAUGGAAAAAUGCUGCAGAGGACUGGAGUCACGUGCAAGGAGCUUUUUCACGUGACUGACUGGUACCCAAUCCUCCAUCUUGCAGGUUUGCCCCCAUUGAUUGUUACAAAUACUUAGAUCACGUCACUCCUUUAGAUCACUGAAGUGCCCUGUAAGAGUUGUUUAUUGUCUAUUUUUAAUUAUUAGAAAAACAAAACGCUAUUAGGCUCCUGCUUUGCUUCUUGUUCCUUGUCAGGCAUAGAAGAGGAUUCUGAUAGUUCAGCGCUGGAUGGCUUCAACAUAUGGCGCGCAAUUUCUGAAGGGGUCCCAUCAGAAAGAACAGAGAUUCUUCACAAUAUUGACGGAAACAGUGCGGCAAUUCGUGUGGGCGACAUGAAGCUGUUGUUAAACGUAAAGAAUCAAGAAUGGUAUGAACCGCCAGAGUUGUCCUCUGGGGCAAGGAAAGCGAAAAAGGUAUUAACAAGAGAGCAUGAUGGGAUAGAGAGGGAAACGCCUUGUCUACUGAGCCCUUGGGACUGAUGGGAAUUUCACCGAAAAUAUUUUUAGACCAAAUAAACGCUUGAAAUUAAUCGGAGGUUGGUUUCAGGAGGUCCACGAACUUUUAAUCACUCAGUAGUUUUAAGAGGAAACUCAACAGUCACCACUCAUAAUUCUGCAUUGUUUGAGGCAGUCUCAAUGCUAUGGCCCUCAUCUUGCUAUUUACUAGAAUGGUAUCUUCUAGGGGUGAAAUUAAGCUUAGGCCAUGCUGGGUUUAAUCCCAAUAGGUCAUUUUACAGUUAUGUAUGGAACCGAGGCUGGGGUUGACCUUGUUUUGAUACAAACCUUCCUGCUUUAUCAUGUAAAUCAAGUUAUUCUUAUGCUAACCAGUAUUUUUCACGUACAAUUUCCAUAACAAAGAAAAGGAGGUUUGUAUCAAAACAAGGUCACCGUCAGCCUCACAUUCACUCGAAGGCUAGGGUGCUUAGUCCACAACUGAAAAAUGGUCUAUUGCCCGAAGAGCCCCUCGGCCCGCUUUACAUGUCGGUCACCUCUCUCCUCCGCUCCCCCACACGCAACUGGGUAUUCCUACGAGACCAAGUGCGUUAUCCACAGGAUAGAAGUUUUUCCACUGCAAAGCAUUGUCCUUAAUUUAAUGAACUGUUGCCAUCCACGAAUUCUGAACCAUACAUGAAGUCACCAAUACACCAAUAACGAGCUGACCACAGGCGGCCCAAGCUCAGUGUGUGAGUUUAAUCAUUAAUAGAUGUAGUUUCAUGUUGUGUAAUUUAAGCGAUUUCCUUUAACUUGAGAAACUCGGGGUUAAAAUAAAUCGCUUAAAUCGCAAUGCAUCGGGGAAAUAACCAAACAAAGCAAAGUCAAUACGGUAAGCUGUAUUUUAUUGAACAUUCUAGAGAGUAUUUAUCUACUUGAAUCUUUUACCUGAAUUCCCAUAUAAAUCCUUUAUAUUCACGGCCAUUUUAAAUUACGAAGUAUGAAACUACAUGUAUUAAUGAUUAAACUCACACACUGAGCUUGGGCCGCCUGUGUUCUGACGUGCUGAUUACAUCCACUUUCCUUCUUUUAAUCCUACAAAAUUAAUUAUACACAAACUAACGAGCUGCGAUUUGCUAUUUAAAAUCUUAUCAUCCAGUUUAGUUAAAUGUUUAGUUGUUUAGUUGUGACACAUUGCUUCAUGCACAUAUUUUCUUUAAUCUUCUAACUGCCUCCUUUUGUCAUCCGCAGAAAUCUGGUCGCAAAAUUAGAGCUGCACUUUACAAUAUCACCGCUGACCCAAAUGAGAGUCAAGAUCUCAGACGCACGUACCCGGAUGUGGUAAGGACGUUAAGAAGGAGAAUCAGGUACUACAGGAGGGGCGAGGUGCCUUCUGGGAAACAAAGCUCUGAUCCAGAAGCAAGGAAACUGGCGCGCAAAAAUGGGUAUUGGGGCCCAUGGAUUAACUGA